AUGUUAGCUGCCUCAGAAAAAAAUGCGUUCGCUAUUGAUGAACUGGAAGGGGAGCUACGCAGAAAAAGUAACCAAGGCAAGGAAGUUAAAGACCGCAGUGCGACGUUGCCGCACCGCGGAACGCAGCCGAAGCGCGGCGAGUCGCAGCGACGCCGCGCCGGCAAGGCUGCGUCAACACUUCAGCUCGGGCUGCUCGUGGAAUAG